CCCGCGCCGCCGGGGCGGGUCCGACCGCAGUCGCGCAGGGCGGGCGAGGCGAUCGUGGUGUUGGCGGCGCCGUCCCGGCGGGCUGAGGCUGCAGCAGCAUGGCGCUGUCCGUGCCGGUGAACGGCCUGAAGGAAAGCGACAAGGAACCCGUCAUCGAGCUCUUCGUUAAGGCUGGCAGUGAUGGUGAAAGCAUAGGAAACUGCCCCUUUUCUCAGAGGCUGUUCAUGAUUCUGUGGCUGAAGGGAGUGGUGUUCAGCGUCACAACAGUUGACCUGAAGAGAAAACCAGCAGACCUUCAAAAUUUGGCUCCAGGCACUCAUCCACCCUUCAUCACUUACAAUGGUGAAGUGAAAACAGAUGUGAAUAAGAUCGAGGAAUUCCUGGAAGAUGUUUUGGCUCCACCCAAGUACCUAAAACUUUCACCAAAGCAUCCAGAAUCAAACACUGCUGGCAUGGAUAUCUUUGCCAAAUUUUCUGCAUUUAUCAAAAACUCUCGGCCAGAAGCUAAUGAAGCCUUAGAACGUGGCCUCUUGAAAACCCUCCAGAAACUGGACGAGUACCUGAACUCCCCUCUCCCUGACGAGAUAGAUGAAAAUAGCAUGGAGGAUAUUACUGUUUCUACCCGCAAGUUUUUAGAUGGCAACGAGAUGACAUUAGCAGACUGCAACCUGUUGCCCAAGCUACACAUUGUCAAGGUGGUGGCUAAAAAAUACCGCAACUUUGAGAUUCCCAAGGAAAUGACAGGCAUUUGGAGAUACCUGACAAAUGCUUACAGCAGGGAUGAAUUCACCAACACCUGUCCUGGAGACAAAGAAAUUGAAAUCGCUUACAGCGACGUAGCCAAGAGACUCACUAAGUAAACAGCACUGGCAAAAGAGACAACUUCUUGCAUAUCCCAUAACAACGCUUCUAACAGACUGCUCUUUUCAUAUAAGAUAGCAAUUUUUUUUGCAUGAACUUGCAGUUAUUCAAAGUUAUGGUGGAUAGACCAGGUACAGUAAUUACGUAAAGUUUGCAGGCUUAAUUAUAGGCUUGUUUUUCCUUACCUCCUUUCACAGCACGUCUGAAUAUCAUUAAUGCAAUUAUGUUAAUGUUGCACUGGGGUGACUCUAGACUCUUCAGUAUGAAGGGUUAUCUUGCCCUUGCAACUUUCCUUUGCAAGCGUUUGGUCCCUGUCUACGAAUUGGUCUAGGAUUCUGUCUUGCUAUGUGGUACAAGGAAUAUUUAUGUAUGUUGUACUUCGUUGCUUUUCUAGAAGAUGUAUACACACUUGUCCUAUCUGUGACACGUUGAACUGUACCUGCUCGUCUAUCCUAUUUCCAUACAGAAGGGAACUUAUUAUCCAAAAGAGCCAUUUGCAGAAUAUUUGGCAAUGUGCUUUUAGAAAGAAUUUCUCUUGGAUUUGUAACUACAGUAAUGGUUGAGGAUGGGCUCAGGUGGGAAACUUGGAUUUGAAUGACCUCAGACGUCAGGGAAGUUUGAAUCUGGGCUUGAGCGCUAGAGCAGGAAGCUCGCAGUUCGGAGUUAGUGUUUAGUUGUGUCUUGAAGAGCUUGGUGAGAUAAAAAGCCAAUAUAUUUUUUAUUUUAAAUUGAUGGCUGACAUUUGUACAGAAUUCUGAAUUAUAUAAUAAUUGUCAGGAUGCCCUUUAACAUCAUGAAACCGGAAGAAUCAGAUGCUUGCCAUCUGUUCACCUUAAAAAUUGCGAGUGGCUUUCUUUUUGCUGGUGAAGAGCCUUUAUUUUGCAUAGGUCUUUCUGGUUAUAUUUACUCACAAAAUGUGUCCGUGUAACCAUCGGUGUCCUAGUGGGUAAUUAGCUACUGCAUGUGUGAAUAGCAGUGCAAUGAUUAGCGACGCAGGACUGAACACGGAUAGCUCUUAAGGUGGGAGUCUUUCUGGGAACUUUUUUAAGCUAUUUCUUUCAUGAAGAAAGCUAAAGUGACCUUUAAAGAUAACAUUUGCCUUAAAUUAUAGUAUGCAUUUUUUUUCCUGAAAGGAAAUCUGUUAAUUACUCUUGUAAAGAAAUGGUGCAUAAAAACCAGUCCUUUUCAUUGAAUUUAUCCUAAAGGCUUCUCUGUGCACCUGGGCUGCAAUUGUGCAGAAUCAUAAUCAUUGCACUACUACACAAAAUCUUUUUACAGCAGCACUGAGGAAUAGCACUACAUUUUUUUUUUAAAAGCAGUUUUCAAAUAUUUCUAAACCAGGGAAUAGUUUUCUUGUUUAAAGUUAGUGGGUUUGAUGCAUGAAAUAAACUGUUAGGUUAUUUUUAAAAGAUCAUCAUAAACAACUCCAAAGAACACUAGACUUAAAUGCCUAUUUUUUUGUAAAGACUUUUAUAUUUAACUGAUUUUAGAAGCUGGAAAGUGCUAUUCCUGGUAGGUUGUUCUUGGAAUAUUUAACAUUCUGCAAUAACCUGGAAAUGCUCACGUAAACACUUUUAUACACUGAUUUUUUGGGUAAGCACUGGCUUUAUGAAAACCAGCCUGACUUUUCUAAGCAUCCUACUUUUGCUACUUUAUAUACCCGUGAAGUUAGUUUGACAUAGAAGAGGUAGAGUACGAUUCCAUAUUUGUAUCCAUGGCUUGUGGUGCCUUGUCUUGCCUUCCUAGAGCUAGAAUUCCGAUAUAAAGGCAGUUAGCAAUCCCCUUACAUGUCUUUGGAAGACAACCGUAGAUAAACUUGGAUCCUAUUACCAUUUUUACAGGGAUGUUUAGGAACAGAAAGAAAAUUCUGCAGAGCGACCUGGUUAGGAAAAACAGAACUGUAGCCUUUUAAUAAUUACUGUAUAUUCUAAUGUCAUGUUCUCAUCCUGAAUAAAGUUUCUCAGCCAUAAUAAUCCUCUGUAGGGGUUCAGUCUUUGCUCCAACGUGACAUCUAGAAAAAGGAACGACUUCCUUUUUGUUAGAUAACAACAGUUUUAAUGGCGUAUGGGGUGAAAAAACCCAACCCUCGUUGGUUUGGUGUUCUUUGCCAUUGUGUAGUUAACCUUGAAAAAUAAACAAAAAAAAAAACAUAGGAAGCAAUUUGAUAAUGAACGUAGCUUUGUUAAAUUUUUAACUCUAUUUUAAAAUUCGGAUCAGGAUGGGCCCUUGGAAGUUGUCUGAGGUUGUUGUAAUCGGGCCUCACUCCUUUUAAAAGCAAAUUAGCCACAGCGUGCACACGUUAAUACAGCAGACAAUUAUGUGCGUAUGAGCAUGAAAACACUUUGAUGCACUUCUCCUGCGUGGCAGUGCAGACAAAUGCUUAACUUGUUAAAACACCGGGCUUGUUGUCUUUUAUAGAUAAAUAUUCCCUCUACCUUUUAGGCAAUCUUCAAGCAAUUGUAAUAGAUUAUAUUCAGCAUUAAAUAUUUUAAUGAUUGUGUGUCUGAAAGCUUGUAAACAAAGUUAAAGCUCUUGCUGUAACUAAUGUGUUUCUUAUCUCAGUACAGUGGGUUGUUAAGCAUCAGAGCCUUUCCCUUAGAGGUGUAAUUCCAAUGAGGACCAGAUUAGCAAUUCCUAAGGCAGUUACCAUGUGAUAGCUGUUAACUGUCCUGUGUGAACAGAGCUGGUAUCGCUCUGCUUUUCCAUCGCACGGUUGUGUUGGGGCAGAACCUGGCCAGCUUCUUGCUGGCUGCAGCGGCAGCCAGGAAUCUAAUGGAGAGCGAGCAGCUUUCCCCUGGGCAGGAGAUCCCCUCAGAAGAGUGGAGCACAGCUAGGGUGUUGUAUAAAAGGCUGAGCGUCUGGUGUGGGUAGAGCACUUUCAUCUGGCCCCAAUCACCAGCGCUAACAUUAAUUAAAAAAAGCCCUUUCAUAACUAUGUAAAUUCUUGACUUCUGUCAACUUGUUUACAAUCUGAUCUUUAAAUGCAUUUUGAAUUUCAUCAAACAGCAAUUAAUCUGCCCCCUGUUUAAAUUUAAAAUUACACUUCUAGCCCCUUCUACAAUUUAAAAACAGCAGUUACUCUUUCAAGUAGGCAUUCCAGUUUGCGAGUUGGUUGCAUGUAUUAGCAUGCUGAAUAACUUACUUUAUUCUCAAGCUGAAAUAUGCUUAAAUUCCCAUUAAAAAAGGUGACUGGUGCGUUUCCUGAACAUAAAGGGAAACUCUUCACCCUGGAUUUGUGUGGGAGAACAGAUUAUACUAUACGCAUGAUUUUUUUUUUUCCCCUUAACAAAGCUUUCCUUCUUGAAGAGAUUCCUGAUGUGUACAGAGCUGCCUGUUGAACAUGGGGCAUGUGAGCUUCUGGAGUGAUUUCAUGCCUUCCAAAGCUUCUGUCCAUCUACUGUUCACUGUCGGUCUGUGAUCGUGUCCCACGCGGAUAGGCACAGCCGUAUAGCUCCUAUGGUUGCAUUUUCCCAUAAAAUUGGUGUUUUUUUCCGCAGUGGGCAUGUCUAAACUGAUUGAGAGUUGCGUGCGGUUCCAUGAUAAGAAGAGAGAUAUAAUCAAGUUUUAAUGCUAAAGUAGCAAAUUAGCAUUUUGUAUCAAAGAAACACAGACAUGAAUAAAUUUAAUAUGCUUGAGCCAAACCCACUGAUGCCUAUCUCGAUGGAGAACAAGAAGUGGCUCAGUACAGUCAACUUAUUUUGCUCUUUGCCACUCUUGAGUAUUCGCUGAACACAUCCAAGUAAUAUUUUCAGAAGAAGGCUUUAUCCCAAGUGAAAAAUACUUAAUCUGCCUCAGAACCUGUGCCACCAACUAUGAGACUUUGUUUCUGGAGGGUGGGGGAAUGGGAGAACAGUGGAGCGGAACAGGAUAUUGAGACAUCCGAGACAGGACAUCAAGAAUGGGAGCAUUGUUUGCAGAAAUACUUGAAGUGUUGAUACAAUUUAUUGUAGUUUGCUUGUGUCUUUCACUCUCUGGAACAUCUUUUACAGAUAUACCAGUAUACUGCUGGCAGCUCUUGUUAAAUAAAAUUAUAUUUUCACUA